CCAUUAUAGACUACCUCCUACCGCACAGCCCACAACUUCACAGGACAACAGUGAGGAAUCAGAGAUGAGGGAUUCGCAUCUGUAAGAGUAAUGCAACAAGACUCUAGAAUGUGUAGGAGUCUAAUUUAGCUGCCUUGUUACAUUGUAACCAAUAACUAUUAAGUACACGGCGUAUUCUAAAUCACAUGGCGUGUGAUUAAUUUUCUCCGCUGCCUGGUGUAUAAAUGCUGGCAGUUUGCGUUAACCUGGUGCGGUGUUUGAAUGCAGUAUUUGUCAAUCAACUGGUGAAAAGAAGUGUGGUACCACUCUGCGGGGGUUCACUGACAGCUUGCUGACAUUCAUGGUGGACUUUUUCGGGAAGCUAGCCGGCACAUUGUAGUUAACUUCUACUCUAGUUUCCAGAUCUAAUUGAAAUAGACAAUAACGCUGCGACCAGAAACACAACUCCGUUUUCAGACUAAUAAUUUAGAUUCCCACCAGAUCCUGGAAAUCGUUCCACUCAAAAGAAAAGCUGCAUCUAACGCCAUCAACUGCAAAAUAAUUACAUUUGGAUGGAAAAAAAUUGCAGCGUUCACACUGACGGAGGUGGGGUCAACUUCGUAAUCAGUUUUCGUGCAUCAGAGUCGAGCUAACCUCUGUGCUGAAAAGAAAUAUUGCUGCUACAUCAUAACUUUGGAUAUUACGUUGUGAAAGAGUAUAGUUGCACUGUUCACUCUUUUGGAAUUAUGAAGUUGGAAGUUUUACAAGGAAUCCCUCAUGUAAAGCCGGAUGGCAGGUUCCGUGUAGAGGGGGCGGAUUAAGGAGGAGCUGGACUUCCUUAAAAGGCUUUCCAGAAGAAACCCCGAGAACAGUCGUUUCAAGCAGGAGCUUCAAUUUCACAACAUCUUCAACUAUAAACAAAUCACAAGAUCGUUUUUACUGACUUGAUGGAGGCACUCGGCAUGGAAGAUGAAAAUAAUCAGAUGCAGGAAACCUACGGAGAGAUGGUUGAUGUGGAAGAUAAAAGAGCGUUGGUUUGCGACGACAGCACAACAGAAGGAGAGAAAAGCAACCUUUCAUCAGCCAGCUUCAAUGUAAUAAACUCUAUCAUAGGCUCCGGGAUCAUUGGGCUGCCUUAUUCAAUGAAACAAGCUGGCUUUCCUUUAGGAAUACUGCUCCUUUUUCUGGUUGCAUAUGUAACAGAUUAUUCAAUUAUACUGUUGAUUAAAGGAGGGAACCUGUCUGGAACAACCACUUAUCAAUCUCUGGUGAACAAAGCUUUUGGUAUAACAGGUUACCUGAUCCUUUCAUUCCUGCAGUUCGUGUAUCCUUUCAUUGCCAUGGUAAGCUACAACAUUAUAUCAGGAGAUACAUUAACAAAAGUAUUACAGAGAAUUCCAGGAGUUGGUCCUGGAAGCAUUUUAGCUGAGAGACAUUUUGUAAUUCUGCUAACAACCGUUCUACUUACUCUUCCAUUGUCUCUGUAUCGCAACAUUGCAAACUUAGGAAAGGUGUCAUUUUCCUCGCUUGUUUUAACUAUUGUCAUAUUGGUAAUAGUUAUAGUCAAAACUGCAACAUUUGGACCACACAUUCCAACCACAGAAAAUGCUUGGACAUUUGCACAGCCAAAUGCAAUACAAGCAAUAGGAGUUAUGGUAUUUGCUUUUGUUUGUCAUCAUAACAGUUUUCUAAUUUAUGGAUCGUUAGAACAGCCUACGAUAAACAACUGGUCUCGUAUCACUCAUGUGUCAGUGUUAUUUGCCCUGAUCAUUAGUAUGACAUUUGCUGUGUGUGGAUACGUUACGUUCACAGGUUAUACACAAGGAGACCUAUUUGAAAAUUAUUGCAGAAAUGAUGAUUGGGUUACUGCUGGAAGGUUUCUGUAUGCAAUAACCAUUAUUUUGACAUUUCCAAUUGAAUGCUUUGUUACACGUGAGGUUAUUGGAAACUUAUUUUUCGGGGGAACAUUGUCAACAAUUUUUCAUUUCUUUGUUACCGUCUGCAUUGUUGCUGCGGCUACAGGCAUUUCAUUAGCCUAUGAUUGUCUUGGAAUAGUUUUGGAAUUAAAUGGUGUGGUAGCUGCUACUCCACUGGUUUUCAUCAUUCCAACAGCAUGCUAUCUAAAGCUCUCUGAGGAGUCAUGGUAUAAUUGGGAUAGUGUUCAGUCUUGUAUAAUCCUGAUCACUGGUAUAUUGGUGAUGAUUGUAGGUUUUGUAAUGGCUGUCACGUUUCCAAAAGAAUGCAGUCAUGGAAAAGAAAUGUUUUACUGCAUGCCUUCAAAUUCAACUAUAUACAAUAUUACAUUCCUUGUCAAUGAGACAGCCAGUCAAUCUCCUGCAUUCACCACCAACAUAUUAUAA